AAAUAGAGAGCCCAAAAAGGCAAAGGCCCGAUGAGAUCGCUAUAUAACAGAGACUAUAAAAAAACUUAGAUUAGGGUUUUCUAUUGUAAAAAGGAGCAGCAGCUGAAGCCUGAAGGAGCAACCCUCAAAACCCUAGAACUCAAAUUCUAAUCAACCAUGGCCGUCGGAAAGAACAAGAGGAUUUCAAAGGGUAAGAAGGGAGGCAAGAAGAAAGCAGCGGAUCCAUUUUCCAAGAAGGAAUGGUAUGACAUCAAAGCUCCAUCAAUCUUUGGCGUUCGCCAAGUCGGAAAAACCCUAAUUACCCGUACUCAGGGUACCAAGAUUGCUUCUGAGGGUCUAAAGCACAGAGUUGUUGAGGUUUCAUUGGCUGAUCUUCAAAACGACGAGGAUCAGUCCUUCAGGAAGAUCCGUUUGAGAGUUGAGGAUGUUCAGGGACGUAAUGUGCUCACUAACUUUUGGGGUAUGGACUUCACCACAGACAAGUUGAGGUCCCUUGUUCGUAAGUGGCAAACUUUGAUUGAGGCUCAUGUGGAUGUGAAGACUACUGACAACUACACACUCCGUUUGUUCUGCAUUGCCUUCACUAAGAGGCGCCCAAACCAGGUCAAGAGAACUACCUAUGCUCAAUCUAGCCAAAUCCGCCAGAUUCGCCGCAAGAUGCGUGAAAUUAUGGUCAAUCAGGCUAGCUCUUGCGAUCUCAAGGAGCUUGUUGCUAAGUUCAUCCCGGAAUCCAUUGGUAAGGAGAUUGAAAAGGCCACCACCGGCAUUUAUCCACUACAAAAUGUUUACAUUAGGAAGGUCAAAAUCUUGAAGGCACCCAAAUUUGAUUUGGGGAAAUUGAUGGAGGUUCAUGGUGACUACUCGGAGGAUGUAGGCGUAAAGUUAGACAGACCAGCAGAUGAAACCAUGGCUGAGCCCGAGACUACAGAAGUUGUUGGUGCCUAAUCAAAAUUUGCUUCGUGGUUAAUGUCUCCCUAGUCACAUAGACACUGAUAAGCAAAGUUUUUCUCUAAUGAAAUUUAGUAGCAGUUUUGAAGUUGAAACUUUUUGUUAAAAGAGAAUUUUGUAAGUUGAUUUUUGUUGGAGAAUUUAUUUAUGUUUGAUUGCCUCUUAUUCCUAAGAUCCUAUUAUCAUCAAACUAUUAAACAUUUCACAUUGCUGA